CCCGAGUUCCGAGCACGUCGCCUGAGCCACAGCGAGAAUCGAAAACGAUCUACGCCUUUUGCCUUUCUCGGCCGCGCUUCCAAUUCAACCGUACCACCGCAAUGGCUACUACUGCCGCCCCCGCCGCCGUCUCUUCAGCAGACCAAAACCCGAAGGACGCUGUUGACCCCGCACCGCCGCCAUCUGCGAAGCCAGAUCCUCCUAACAGCGUCACCAUACCAUCGGCCGUUGCGGAAGCCCCUCAGAAGGACGGUGAGGGCCUGAAGAGAACCGUAUCUACUGUUGGUUCGGUUGCAGAAAAUGACAGCACUCUGGUCUCCAACAUCCAGAAGAAGGUUCGCAGAGCUGAGAGGUUUGGGAUGCCAGUUCAGCUUUCGGAGGAAGAGAAGCGUAAUUCUCGGGCUGAAAGGUUUGGCACUGGGAUCACCUCAAAUGGAACAGAAGGAUUGAAAAAAUCAGAGGAGCAGAAGAGGAAAGCUAGAGCUGAGAGAUUUGGGCUUUCUGUACCAUCCACUGCUGCUGAUGAGGAAGCAAAGAGGAAAUCUCGGCUUGCCAGAUUUGCACCAUAUACCAAGACAGAUUCACAAGAAGAAGACAAGAGAAAAGCAAGGGCAAUCAGAUUUUCAAAUCCUCCUGCAAAUUCUUUAUCUCAAGUCAAUGGCAAGGGAAACAUUGAGCUGAAUGCAGCUACUAUUGCAGGCAAUGCUGGUGGAGGGUCCUGAACUCAAAGUUUAUUGUCUUUGUAGUUAGGUUAGAAGUAGUCUUUGAUUCCCUCAGCAGCUUCUUAAAUGUCUUCUUUCCAAUCUAAAAUUCUUAGAUGCAGUACUACUUCAUCCUCAUGCAGCACGAAACAGGUAUUUAGUAGUUUGGAAGAUUCUUUUCACGUCAGACAGCUUUUGGGUCAAUUUUACUGGUGAGGCCUAGUGUAUCAACAAUUACCUGCUUGUGAUAACCUAUCUCAAAGCCUACAAGAGCAUCAAAGAUUCUGAAGUAAUAGCAAAAUCACCCCCCCCCCUAACCUGGCUUUU